UGGAAACCCGACAAGAUAUUGAGAAGUAGCCCUGCAGGGCUUGUCAGCCGAGAUGUCAUAAAUUCACAUGACUGCAGGCGGUGGAAGUACAAUGGACGGGUGCUACAACGACAUUUUAGCACCCCUAAUCAUGGCCAUAAUGGUGGCCAAUGGACAUCCACUCACCCUGGACGAGAUCGUUGACUCACUGAUGGACUUGAUCAACUCUCAAACUGAUUUCGCUGGUGUUUCGGAAAAUCUAGGCCACAAGAUGAUUGAUUCUAGAAGGGGCCACUAAGAGAAGCUACAUUUUCUAAUUGGACAUCCAGUGAAUUAAAAUGAAAUAAAUUUUCCAUUAAAAAUUUGAACAGCUAUA